AUGACCCGUCGCAACCCAAUACCUCUGGGACUCUCAAACCCUCAACCCUUUACUACUCCCACCUUGUGGCAAACCAGCAGUCAUGCGGUCAACUGCAAUUCGAGCGGGUCAGACGAAGAGCUGCCUGAACUUCUCCCUCGCGCCGAGUCCAAGCACGCAUCGAUACCGCCGUCACUUUCAGCCGACCUCCCCGACAUGAUGUCCGGAAGCACGCAGUUAAUCAACACCUCCCUCCUCAUUCCAGGACGUGGCAAGCCACAGCACGAUAUGUCCGUCAUCCUCCAAGACGGGACGAUAACUUCGAUCCAACCCACGGCGUCCGUGCCACCGCCGUUCAAAAACCUCCCGACCACACAUGUCCCGGUCCUGAUGCCCGGGCUGUGGGACUGUCACAUCCACCUGCUAGGCAGCAAGACGUUCAAUUUCUCCGAGAUCGCCACCCAGUCGACUGCUCUAGCCGGCGCCAGAAUCGCCCGGAAUGUACAUGACAUCCUAAUGAGCGGUUUCACCUCGGUGCGUGAACUGGCCGGCUACGGUCUUGAAGUCUCGAAUGCGAUCGAAGAAGGCACGCUUGUCGGGCCAAAUAUCUACUCCUCUGGCGCCGCGAUAUCCCAGACUGCAGGCCAUGGGGACGUUUUCGAUCUGCCCUGGGGAUUUGUCACUUCCCUCUUUGGGGUGAGGGACACUCAGGCGAACGGGCUGUCCCCAGGUACCGGACCAAUGAUUGUCGCCGACGGGGUCGACGAGUGCCGUCGCGCGGUGCGGCUCCUGGUCCGACGCGGCGCCACGUGUAUCAAGGUGUUUGCGAGUGGUGGCGUGCUGAGCAUAGCCGACGACCCCCUGCGCCAACAGUUCUCGCUCGAGGAGCUGAAAGUCAUUGUAGAAGAGGCCCAGCGUGCCGGGCGGGUCGUGGGUGCGCAUUGCCACGGCAAGGACGGCAUCAUGGCCGCGUUGCACGCGGGCGUGCACAGCAUCGAGCACGGGACCUACAUGGACGAGGAGUGCAUUGAGCUCAUGAAGAAGCAAGGGACCGUGUACGUGCCGACGCGGACGAUUGUGAAAAUCGGUGUGGACCAUCCCGAGCUCAUGUCGCCAGAGUCGUACCGGAAGAUGCUGGAGACGGCGCGCCACCACCGCGCCGCGUACCGCCUGGCCGUAAAGUCCGGCGUCAAGAUCGCCUUGGGGACCGAUCUGGGCAUCAGCACGCCCGCGACGCACCCGCUGGCACACGGCCAAAGCGGCGGCGAACUCGCCUACGCGGUCAGCGAUGGCGGCAUGGAGCCCCUGCAGGCCAUUGAAGCCGCAACGGCCAUGGGGCCCGAAGUGCUCGGGACCCUAGGCAUGGCGCCCAAGAGCGGCCGGAUCGAAGUCGGGUACGACGCCGAUCUCAUCGCCUUGAGCGCGAACCCUCUGAAGAAUAUGGACUUGUUCAAAGAGCCAAAGAAUAUCACGCACGUGUGGAAGGGCGGGCGGCUGUUCAAGAGUCCCUCGGAUGUUUGA